CUGGGCAGUAACGCUCAAUGAAUGCGCCAAAUCCUGCAUUAUUUCUGCUGGGCCAGAUGCUACUUUCCCGGCCAACGCUUAUCGAGCCGGCGUUAUCUUGCUUGAGCGGUGUGACCUCUUCCCCUGGUUUCUGGCACCCUCUCUGGCUUUGCGUCGUUUGCCCAGCGCUUUUUUGCGUUGUCCUCUGGGACGUAGUAGCCGGCCCAACA